AUGGCUUCUCCCACUUCAUCCCCUCAUUCUCCAGGUCCUCAGACUACGUGUACCAUUUCUGAAUCCCCCGAGGCUACUGCUGGUUCAGAGCGAUCUAUUUCUACUUCUAACACAGUCCCAUCCUCUGUCCGGAACUCGAAUUUACUACCGAACACAUCUUCGGCAGAAAAACGACUUUCCACUUCCUCAAAUUCCUCAAGGAACCCCCCAACACCUAACCAACCACCUCCUGCUUCCCCCAGUCCUUCGUUCACCUUUACUGCCUCUCCAUCUGCUUCCCCGCAGCCAGGUAAGCAUCGUAUUCCGUCGUUCCCUCCUCCACAGGCGACCAGAAUCUCCAUUAUGUCGACCCUGUCUUCCAAUCGCGAUUCGUUCAACCCCCAAUUCGUUUCGUCUCUGUCCUAUACUUCCGUCCGAGAUUUCGCCUAUCCUUCACUACAUCCUUUACAUUACGGCCCCUCCAUCGCUUCAGGGCUUUCUACCCCUGCUGGCUCACAGCGCGGCUCCGAGUAUUUUGAGAAUACUCCUGGCGGUGGUAGCUCCUGGUUUACCGGCGGCGGCAGCGGGUACCGUCGACUUUCAGAUCCCGCCCAUCCUUCUUUCGACCUCACUUCUGCCAGCGCCUCUGGAGGAUGGGAGUCAUCAGCAGCUCGACAAAGAUCCACGAACCAGCCACCGCCCCUUAACUUUUCCGAUGGUCCGCCGUGGAGUGAGGAUGAGGAUCUACAGAGCCCUGUUGUUUUGCCGAAACACAGAAAGCAUAAGUCUUCUGCUGCGCACAUGCAGAGUAAUCAUUUAAGAGGGCAGAGUAAGAAUGCAGUGGCGCCCAAUACGUCGCAACACUUUCCUGCGGGAGGACAGGGUGACGAAUGGGAAGGGGAUCGAAGAUCUGCGAUCGAAAACGGUAUCUCUCCUGGGGGAGAUUACUACACAACCCGCGCUGGACGCCGCACGGAUCUCGCCGGCGGAGAACCUGGUGAUGAGAUGUACAACCAUGAGGGAGAAGGUGAGGAGGAAUAUGACCCGGACGACCCCGAAUACAAUUCUCACCAAUAUCACUAUUCUGAUGAGGAUGGGCAUGAAUAUGAUGACGAAGAGGAAGGCGAAGAUCUCUAUGACGACGAAGAUAGCAGGUUCAGCAGAGAUUAUCAAUUUCAAAUAACGAGUCCGGAUGAGGAGAUGAGCGGGAAGGCUGUCGCAUUGUUUGAUUUUACGAGUGAGAAUGAGAAUGAGCUUCCUUUGGUAGAAGGACAGAUCGUAUGGGUUAGCUAUAGGCAUGGACAGGGGUGGUUGGUUGCGCAGGAUCCCAGGACUGGAGAUACGGGUCUAAUUCCUGAAGAAUAUGUUCGUCUUUUUCGCGAUGCCCAGACUUCAUACGAUCGCAUGGAUCCAGCUACCAUGACCCCAUCUUCCUCCGCAGAAUCGGGGCCUUUGGAGGGCGAGCUCACGUUAGACACAACAGGCACCAGUACAAAUGGACAAACUGCGCCUAUAAUCACCACUUUCUCAACAUCCUCCCAAGACGUCUAUCCCUAUCAAUUCCACUACGCCACAGACCACUUACCAGAGAAUCCCCAUCAUCCACGUUCCAGAAACUCGCCAGAUUUCACGGGCGACAUGACCCCAACAAUCACCAGUAAUAAAGAGAGGAUUGCUCAGUUGCAGCGAGAGCAAGAGCGGGCAGUAGCAGAGGAAUCGUCCACACCUAGACUUAGGGGUGGGCGGUACGAUGAAACAGGGGUAGAAAGUUCAUCUCAACAGCGGCCGCAGGAAAACGGAGAUAUAGGCCAAAAUGGCGUUGCGAUCAUACCCAGGCUAAAUGGAGGGGGAAGCGAUGUUUACUAUGACGCACCUGAGCGACAGGGCGAUGGUUUUCGAGGAAAGGCGAACGAAAACAAUCUGCAGUCACCCCCAUCAUUCGCUACCGGUUUGCUUCGAUUUUGGCUUUUCCCGCUUUUGUUUUUUUCUUUCGUGGUUUUCCUCCUCUGCAUGCAUAUAGGAGAAUCCGGCGGGGUGGUUGGGGGUUUGCGGGGCCUCCUUUCAUUUCCUCCCAAUCGUGCUAUGGGUCGGUCUGGAUGA